AUGGACGCACCUCCGUUGCAGCGCCCGCAUGGGCCCGCGCGCAGCGUCUUCGAGACUCGCAUGCUUCGUUUCAUCUUUCGCUUUGUGGGUUGUCCGAGCGACCUCUUUGCAGCGAUCCGCGCGUUCCCGGUCGAGAUCCUCCCGAUUGGCUACCCGAGCCUCCUCACGAUGGCCGACGCGAUCAGCGACGACCAGGUUGUGCCGUUCUUACCGAUCGAUCACCCGCGCCUCGACGCGCGAGACAUAGCUCGCGGGCUUGAGGUGGUGCCGCUGCUCAGCUUCUUCUCGCCGGCCGGCAUUGCGCGACAGCAGGUGUUUCGUGUGCCAGUGACGAUGGAUCUGCCGGCGGUGCCAAGUUGCCUCGUCCAAACGACUACAGCGCUCCAUUGCGACGCGCUUGGCGUGAUGUUGCCGCUCUUGAUGGACAACGCUCACGAUCACGUGAUUGCGAUCUCGGGUCGCAUCGCCAUCAACGGGGCAGCCAUUAUCUGGACGCUUGGUGCGUUCGAGCGCUCUCGUCGCGUCGACAGCUUGCACGUCUUUGACCUAUUCUCGCGAAUGGUCACUGAGUGCCCCGAGACGGUGCUCACGGCCAUCUCGCGCUUCAUCAACUGCCAUGGGGCGACGUUGAAGUGCGUCUAUCUGCGUCACUUUGGGCUAUCCCACCCGCAGGCUGGUGGCCUCGCUCGGGCGCUGCGCCCGAGCAACGGCCUGCGCGACCUCAAGAUUAUGGGCUCGCUCGACACCGAGCGCUGCUUUGAAGCAACAUUGCCCCAUGCGGCGUUUGUCUACGGUCUGGCACCGACGCUGCUGCGGCUCACGCUGUGUCCGGUGGCGUUCUCUGACUCAAUCAUGGAGACAUUGGCGAUGGCGCUUCGGGCGUCGCAGUUGACGCACCUCUCGCUCGAUCUCAUACGCGGGUCGUCGCGGGCGCUGCACGAGCUUUGUGGCGCCUUCCCGAACACGCUCGAGAGCCUGACCCUACACGACGUGCUCGUCACGACGGCUGACGAUGUACGGCCUUUGGUCGCGACCGUUCAACGCGCCUCGCAACUGGAGCAUCUGCACCUCCAAGUGGUGACUCUCGAUGACAUGGAUGCACUACGCAGCGCCUUGGCCGACGUGUACCGAGCCGCCACCAACGCCCGCUCGCUGCAUAUCGGACACAUGAUCCGAGUUUCUGAGCUCAUGGCGUGCACGGCGACACUCCGCCACCUGACCACGCUCUCGGUUGAGAGGCUGUUCAGCAACGACGCGACGGCUUUGCUGCCGCUCGUGUACCAGCACGCGUCGCUCACCAAGAUGAUGAUCUCCGGACUGACCUUGGCGCCCGCUUCUGUCCAGGCACUUCGCAAUCACCUCGCGGUAGACACUGCGCGGGCCAUCACGAUCAAAAUUCUCGAUGGCAUCAACGGAAUUUGAUGUCGAUCAAUACGGCGAGAUCUACGGCUUCAAGGUAACGAGCCGAUCUAUCACAAAACUAUCAGUCCACAUAUCAAGUUUUGC